AUGUCAUCGGCCAUCCCCUCCGUUCAACAGGGUCGGGUUCGGGUCCUGAAGCAAGCACUAGGGCCGUCUAAUCAGAAGCUGGUAGGGCCUGUGGUGUACUGGAUGUUCAGGGAUCAACGGCUUAGGGACAACUGGGCUUUGAUCCACGCCGUCGAUCAGGCAAAUAAAUCGAAUGUACCUGUGGCUAUAGCUUUCAAUUUGUUCGAUCAGUUUAAGGGUGCAAAAGCCAGGCAAUUUGGAUUCAUGCUUAGAGGUUUACAGAAUUUGUACUUUGAUCUUCAAAAAUGCCUGAAUAUUCCAUUUUUCUUGUUUCAGGGAGAAGCUGUGGACACAAUUCCGAAUUUUCUUAGAGAAUGUGAGGCUUCACUUUUGGUGACGGAUUUUUCACCACUACGCGAGGUUCGUCAAUGGAAAGAAGAGCUCUGCAAGAGGGUAAGUGAAUCAGUGUCGAUUCAUGAAGUGGAUGCACACAACAUAGUGCCUGUUUGGCUGGCAUCAGAUAAGUUAGAAUACGGUGCUAGGACUAUAAGAGGCAAGAUAAACAAACAGCUUCCUGAGUAUUUAAUCGACUUUCCUACAAUUAACCCUCCUAAGAAAGAAUGGGGUUCCUCGAGUCAUUCUAUAGAUUGGGGAAACCUCAUUGCAGAUGUUUUAAGGAAAGGAGCAGAAGUUCCUGAACUUGAAUGGUGUGAACCAGGUGAACAAGCUGCAAUGGAAGUAUUAAUGGGGGAGAAAAAGGGGUUCUUGACUACCCGAUUGAAGAAUUAUUCCUCGGACCGAAAUAACCCAAUGAAACCCAAGGCGCUCUCUGGCCUCUCACCAUAUUUGCAUUUCGGGCAAAUAUCAGCACAACGUUGUGCCUUAGAAGCACGUAACGUUCGCAAACUUUAUCCUCAGGCAGUUGAUGUGUUUCUAGAGGAAUUGAUAGUGCGGAGAGAACUCGCUGAUAACUUCUGCUUCUACCAGCCACACUAUGAUUCGGUGCAGGGUGCAUGGGAGUGGGCUCGUAAAACAUUGACCGACCAUGCCUCUGAUAAACGUGAACAUGUAUAUAAGAGGGAGCAAUUGGAGAAGGCACAAACCGUUGAUCCUCUUUGGAAUGCCUCUCAGUUGGAAAUGGUUCACUAUGGCAAGAUGCAUGGUUUUAUGAGGAUGUAUUGGGCAAAAAAGAUACUUGAAUGGACCAGUGGACCAGAAGAAGCCCUUGCAACUUCAAUCUAUUUAAAUGAUAAGUAUCAGAUAGACGGCAGGGAUCCAAAUGGUUAUGUUGGAUGCAUGUGGUCAAUAUGUGGAGUGCACGACCAGGGGUGGAGAGAGCGACCAGUUUUUGGAAAAAUAAGAUACAUGAACUUUGCUGGGUGCAAGAGAAAAUUUGAUGUUGAUGGCUACAUUGCAUAUAUUAAGAGGGUAGUCAGUGAAUGCAAGAAGAGGAAAGCACAAUCCUUGCUCGACCAUACUAAAGCCAAACUACUCCACAGUUAA